AAACAAAGUCCCUCACCACCCAAGCAGAACUUGCACAGAUUUUGCAAUCAGUGAUGGCCUCCUCCGUACUUAAUUUUAUCUUUUCGCCCUUUCACCGUCAGUAUUCUAUACCAUCAUUAUCCUCAGUUUCACCAAUAAGUUAUGGUUCAAUUUCGAGUUCAAUUAUUUCAUCUUCAUUAUAUCACAGCAGAAGAGGAAACUGCAGUUUCAAGAAGAGGGGUAUUUGUAGGUCAUCUUAUAGUGAAGUCGAAUUCAUUGAACCUCCUGAAACUCAACAAUCAAAUGAAGAGCUUAUUCGGUCCUUGAAGUUCAAAUUAUUGAGUGUAGUUUCUGGGUUAAAUAGAGGUCUUGCUGCAAAUGAAGAUGAUCUACGCAAAGCUGACGAUUUUGCAAAGGAGCUUGAAUCUACUGGAGGUCCAGUAGAUCUUUUGACUGAUCUUGAUAAACUGCAAGGCAGAUGGAAAUUGAUUUACAGCAGUGCAUUUUCUUCUCGGACACUUGGAGGGAGUCGUCCCGGGCCACCCACUGGAAGACUUCUUCCCAUAACUCUUGGCCGGGUGUUCCAAAGGAUUGACAUCUUGAGCAAAGAUUUUGACAACAUAGUAGAGCUUGAAUUAGGUGCUCCAUGGCCUUUUCCACCUGUUGAAGUAACUGCCACUUUAGCCCACAAAUUUGAAAUUAUUGAAAAUUGCAAAAUCAAGAUAACAUAUGGGAAAACAACUGUGAAGACGACAGGAAACUUAUCACAACUUCCACAGUUGGAUAUACCUCGUUUACCAGAUGGAUUAAGGCCACCAUCCAAUCCAGGAACUGGUGAAUUUGAAGUUAAAUACCUCGACUCAGCCAUGCGUAUCACUCGGGGAGACCGGGGAGAGCUACGGGUUUUCGUAAUCUCAUAAGGUAACCUUCAUUGUUGUUGUAUAGUUUCGGUCAAACAAUUUUGGUCGCACACUACUCUCUCCUGUUUGUCUUUUUUACACCAUUUUGUAUUGAGAUUGCACAAUAUAACAUAAUGAAGGCAAUUAAGUUGCCAUAUUGUAUAAGCUUUGCAAUAUCCUCAUCAUUGUUAAUGAAUGUUUUGCCUUGCAUAUUGGCGAAUUAAAGCAA